GUCGUAGUCUCGAGAAACCUAACAGGAAAGUGUGCAUAUUUCUACGUUUUUAUCAAAAUAUUCAGCUUAAACAAAGAAUAUUCCAAAAUUCAAGUAGUGUUGGGAGCCUUUAUCAUAUUUACUUGACUCAGUACAGUAAAUGGAAGAUUGAGAAGUACUGAUUUUGUUCCACAUGAAGCACAAAAGACCGUUAGUUACAUAAAAUCAGAAAUCUGGUGUAGAGGUCCAGUAACUAUAUUCACGGAAAAAUAAACAUUCAUCAGCUCAUCAGUAUAAUACGAGAAUCAUCUUUUCAGAAAAGAUGACCAUUUUUUGUUUCUAUGGUUUAUGAAGUAAAUACAAACAUUGAUCACAAAAAUGAAAAUAGAUAGAUCUAGAGUUCGAAAGAGCACUUCAGAAGUUCCUAUAGAAUGCCAACAGCUCAUAGACCGUCUACAAAUAUGCUCCAGAACCGAAUUAUUAGAGGAGUUGUCCAGGAUUCACUCCUGGACAUUUGGAAAAUGUGAACUAUUGCACUGGGCACAAGUACUUGAUGAAUUUGAUAGAGUAUUGGGUGCAGCUGCUGAACGUAAUGAUGAAAACAAAUGGAUUCUGAAAUGUGACACAUACAAUGAGCAGGAUUUUCAACUGCUCAUUCACAUUCUUCGAUUCACUAGCCUGCUGAUAGAACACUCAUUUUCUCGUCACUUGUAUAAUUCUAUGGAACAUCUCUUGGUCUUGCUGGAAUCGAAUGAUAUGUCAGUUGUGUUGGAAGUAUUGAAUUUAUUGUACAUGUUUUCAAAAAGGAGUAAUUUCAUAACACGUUUGAAACCAGAUGAGAAGGAAUGUUUAUUAUCCAGGUUACAAUAUCUUGCAGAGAAUUGGGGUGGAAAAGAAAAUGGAUUUGGUUUAGCAGAUUGCUGUAACGUUGAUAAAGAAAUCCCAGCCUCGGCCACAACACUUCACGUUGAAUUUCACAGAGAAGAAGAUACAAAUAAAUCGCCCAAAAGUGAUAUUAAAUCCCCAGAUUCAAAAAUUGUGAAACCAAAUCUUCAUAUUAUUCACAUUGAACAUGUGGAUAAAUUACACAAGACUCCUGCAGAAAUUAUGAAGUCCCUCGUCACUCUGUAUUAUGUCCCUCCUGACAAAGAGAUGUGGUUAUUUACCCACGUUAGAUUGGCAACCCAUUUCGCCGAUUACAAAAACAGGUUGAAGAGCGUACAAGCGCGCUUGCAGGCAUUGUCCGUAAUGGUUUAUUCUAAUGCUAUACAAGAUUCGCCUUCCAAUCUCUUAUACAAUGGUCUACUAGAAGAGCUGGUUGAAGUUGUCGAAUUGGAAGACCCAAAGUUAACUGAUAUUGGAUGUGCCGCUCUCCGUACCCUUACAGCAAUCAUACAUUUGGACAGAAACCCACAUAUGCCAAAUAGACGCCCAGGCUCUCGUUUGAACAGCAUAAUAGAUGUGACAGGAGCCAGUCAGUACCAUGGAUUCUUGCCAGUUCUCGUCAGGAACUGUAUCUCGUCCCUAACGAAUCAGAUCGAUUUCGGUCAGACGGCAUUCAAAAAGAUGAAACUACAAGAUGAGGCCUCGUUCUCGUCCCAGGACGAGUCUAGUAGUGAUUCGUGCAAAACUGAAGGAACCGGAUCUGGUGGCCAAGAAACUAAGUCUGACGCCGCUGGUCUGAUGGGUUGUUUGGACCUGUUGGCUGCCGCAGCUCUAGAUUACAAAUUUCCUGUCAGCUUAACUACUGCCUUGUUCUCUUUCUUGUAUCAUUUAGCCAGCUAUGAGUCUGGUGGCGAAGCUCUGGUUUCCUGUGGGAUGAUGGAGUCGCUCCUACAAGUGAUCAAUUGGCAAGGAUUCGAAUUAGAUCAUAUUACGUUCGUCACUCGUGCCGUUCGAGUUAUUGAUUUGAUAACCAACAUUGAUAUGGCAGCUUUUCAAAUACAUGGAGGAUUACAUAGUUUUAUCAACCGGCUUGAUAUUGAAGUGAAUUUUUGCAAGAAAGACCAGCUUUAUCAAAUAAAGACAAAUUUGCCAGAACAAACCUUCGACGAAAAUGCCGCUGGUAAUUCGUCUGCCGGUAACGAGGAAGAACCGUCAUCUGUCGACCUGGAAUACAUUACAGAGAAUAUAGGCAAAACUUGCCUUCCUCAGCGCGCCGCUCUUCUGAAAUCCAUGUUGAACUUUUUGAAGAAAGCGUUUCAAGAUGCGACUUUCGCUGAAAGCAUUAGACACCUUAUGGAAGGCAGUUUACCUAAUUCAUUGAAGAACAUAAUCGCUAAUACUGAAUAUUAUGGACCGUCCCUAUUUCUGUUAGCUACAGAUGUAGUUACAGUUUACGUUUAUCAAGAACCAGCUCUGCUAUCUGCACUACAAGACAACGGCCUGACCGAUGUUGUCUUACAUUCCCUAUUGGUCAAAGAAGUACCUUCAACGAGAGAGGUACUGGGCUCUCUGCCAAAUGUGUUCAGCGCUUUAUGUCUGAACAAUCGUGGAUUAGAAUCGUUUGCUAAGUGCAAGCCUUUUGAGAAGCUGUUCAAUAUUCUAGUGUCUCCUAACUAUUUGCCUGCUAUGAGAAGAAGGCGCAGUUCGGAAGCUACUGCAGAUACCGCUUGUAACUUGGGUAACGCUAUGGAUGAACUAAUGCGCCACCAACCGAGUCUUAGGCAAGACGCAACGCGUGCCAUAAUCAAACUCCUUGUGGAAUUGGUCCACUUAGGAACAGAUCCAAAAUAUGUUUGUUGGAGACCCCAUAGCAAAACGGAGAUUUCACCUUCUACAACAUCUAGAUCUGGUACUAAUCCCGAAGGCUCUUCUGAUGAAGAAGAAGAAGAUGAGGAAGAGGCGUCAACUUCUUCGCAAAAUGCUCAGACAGAGAGCCAAGCUCAAGCCAACAGCGAAAGGCAACCGAUAGCUCUCAUCGACUAUAUCCUCAACGCCAUGAAGUUUAUUGAUGCCAUUUUGAGUAACAAUUCAACAGAUGAUCAUUGCAGAGAAUUUGUGGAAAAAGGUGGGCUAGUACCGCUAUUGAAGAUACUCGGUUUGCCCAACCUACCAGUUGAUUGUCCCGUCACCAACCCUGCUCAGGCUGUUGCCACAGUUUGCAAGAGCAUCUUGAACCUAGCACACGAGCCGUUACUAUUCGGCCAUGGAUUGUCACAGCUCGGAGAAGUUCUUGAACAACUCAAACCCCUGUAUGCCAAGCAAGAAGUGCCUGGUGGAUCCAAGCUAUUGCUUGAACUUGCUAGUGCUUCUGAUAUAGAAAGCGCUUUCAGCACUGCCUCAGCCACUCCUCUCUUACAUGCUAUGAAUGCUGCUCAUGGUUAUGUUAUCAUGUUCGUUCAUAUUUGUCGUACCGGACAAACCGAGAUCAGGAAUCUCUCACUGCAACAUUGGGGCUCGGACGUUGGACUCAAGGUCCUGAAAGGGCUUGCCGAUCUCUAUACUUCAUUAGUGUGGGAGAGUACACUUCUCUUGGCAUAUUGCAGUGAUGAUUUGUUACCAUCUGAUUGUGAUUUUACUAGAGAGGACAUCGAGAAGUUGAACGCAUUUUUUGAUAGGUGUGAGGGUAAUUCUACCACAGACAGUACUGGUAACGUUGCCUCUGCCAUGGAAGCUCUUACUACGAACCCACCUCCAAUAUCGAUGGACGUUGACAGCGAAUCAGGUUCCAGCAUAACCAAACCAGACAACAGGAAUCUGAAAUAUAUUAAACCGCUACUGGGUGCAUCAUCGAGACUCGGUAGAGCCCUCGCAGAACUUUUCGGUUUGCUCGUCAAACUCUGUGUUGGGUCUCCUAUAAGACAGAGACGUGGUCAAAAUAUCGUAGCAGCUCCUCCUAUGCCAUCUCCUUAUGCGAGAAAUGUGGCAACAGCUUUGAACGUGUUACUUGCAGAAGGGCUUGAUUGCGACAAGCUGCCUCCUUGCUCUACUGCCAAGUGUAGGCUUACAUUCUUGAUAUGCAGCGUUGGAUUUACUAGUCCUAUGCUAUUUGAUGAGAGACGCUAUCCUUAUCAUCUCAUGUUGAAGAAGUUUGUCAGCCUUGGUGGCCAAGCUAUUUUCUUCAAAACUUUCAAAUGGGCGUUGAAUGCUGGUAAAUUGGACUCAGAUGAGGAGAUCGAGUAUUCUUCCCUACCAGAGGGUACCAUCGGAUUUUUAGAUGCUUGGCUGACCCUUCUUGAAAAAGUGGUAAAUCCGAAGGCAAUACUAGAGUCACCACAUGUAAUUUCUAGUCGGCCAUCUCAUAGCUACAGCUUCGAUCCACUGAAAUACUUGAUACAAAUACAUAAGCUAGCUUUUGAAAGUGUAAUGUUGCUCUGGGGAAAAACACCAUUAGCUUCUUAUGGAGCAAGAACAACAGAAACGUUAUUGACAAUUCUUCGUCAUAUAUUCAGGGGCGAGAAAAUCAUUAAGGAGAAGAUGAAAUCUGACGAGUCGAAAACUGAAACAAAUGCUGGCGCCGGCGCAGGAACGUCUGGCGGAGCUGGACCGUCGUUCAGAGACAUUGAUGACAAUUUGCGACAACUGAUGGAUAUGGGUUUCUCCAGGGAACAUGCUAUCGAAGCUCUUUUGCAUUCACACACUCUCGAGCAAGCGACUGACUACUUACUUUCUAAUCCACCUCAGGCCACACGUCCUACUGGCAACCCCAUGGAAGUUGAAACUGAGGAUGAUCAAGUUCUCCAAGCAAUAGCUAUAUCUCUGGGUUGUUCUAAUACAACUGAGAGCAAACGAGACGCUCAGGUCACAGCUUUAGCCACAGCGUCGGCCCCAGCCCCAGAAGAAGCCGAUCAGUCUUUUGAAACCUUGAUUAAUGAGUUCACAAAUCAUGCCUUAGAUGUCUGUCUAAAGCUGUUGGAUGUUAUACCUGAAACUGUUCACAAGGUUUGUGAUUUACUGGUGACCAUCAUGAAGAGAAAUGGCCGUUCUUACAGAGAUAAUUUAUUAGACACUUUGUUGACUAAAAUUCGAGAGUGCUUGGAAGGAAUCAGAUACUGUGCUUUCCAGGAUAAACCAAAUGUGAUGAAUUACUUCACUAUAUCAGAAUCUGAUCAAGCAAAACGAUUAUCCAACUACCUUCAUCUUUACAUUCUCUUCUUCGAGGUAUCCUCUUACUUUGAGAUGAAAAUACCUUGUGGUUUUGCUAUCAAUAAAGCUAACUUGCUUGCUCCUUUGAUUGAGUUGAUGUGCGGAGCUAUAAAUAUGAUGAUCGAUCUCAAAGUUAGUUGCGAACCUAAAUGGCUUGCAUCUAGUUUCUUAUUACUAGAUGCUAUAUCCAAAGUGGCUACUUGCACUAGUCGCAAGUUAGACAUGCAUAUGAGUACGAACCGAGUAUGGAGAUGGUAUGACUUGGUUACAGGAAAAUGGACACACUAUUCUAAUACCAACAAUAAGCUGAUCAAUGAAGCUUAUUGGAAUGGAGAACAGAGCAUUAGAGUUACGUGUGGUAGAAAGAGGUACACAGUGACAUUUGCUAAUAUGCUACAAAUGAAUGAUGAAACUGGGAACAACAGACCCAUAUCCAUGACUUUGAUGACUCUUACUCAUCCAAGUUGUACUGACAUUAACAGUUCAGAUGUCCAAGAACACAUGGUUGCUAAACUAACCGAAAAAGAAGAGAAACGGUGUGUUCCAGUGCCUGGACUUAGUUAUGAGCAAAAGAAAGAGAUAGUCAGAGUCUGCGUUAAUUUGAUGCACAUGCCGAUUGACAAAAAUUUAUUACAUUCACUUUUACAAAUUUGUGUUCGAUUUACUAGGGAUUUUGAGAUAGCCAAAGUUUUCGUUGAAAAUGGCGGUGUGAAGUGUCUCUUAAAGAUGAGGCAGAUAAGCGAUUUUGGAGGAUUUGGAAUUCUUGCGACUAUCCUCAUAAGACACGCCCUUGAAGAACCAAACACACUCAAAUAUGCUAUCGAAAAAGUUAUCAGGGGGAGAACUCUUGUCACUAUUCCUCCUCCAUAUAAAGACCUGGUUUACUUGACUCGACAGAUUGGUGGAGCCAUUACUCGCAAACCAGAAGCUUUUUAUGAAGUAGCGAAUAGUAUUGUGAGAGUGGAUCUCAAUGCAACUAAAGGUGAACCUCCAGAAAUAACUCUGCCGUUGAAAGUUGAGAUACCAGCGCGUGCUAAAGCUCCCCCAUUAGAGGAUACAGUUUCCAUUGAAGUCGUGUGUGACUUGCUGGAUGCACUGUUGAAACCUUUGGAGGAUGACAAAAUUGAAAGCGUUGGAAGUGAACAACAUAAUAAAACUGAAGAACGAGAACAGUCUCCUGUCAACUUGGAUUUGACUUCAGCGUCCACCAGUACUCAGACUGGUGACUCUGAGAGUUCUACUGAAGAUGGUAGUAAAAAAAGUGAAGAAGCAGUUUCUAUUUCUACUAAGAAGCCCAUGUUGCCUAAAUCAGUUAUCCUCAAGAUAUUGGCUGAUGCUGUUGUUUCGUUUGGGCCAAUCGCCAAGCUGAUUACUGAAUAUAAAUACAAACCUGACGAAUCUACUAUGAUAACUGAAGAAACUUCUGCAUUAGCGUUCAUUUUUGAUAAGAUCCUACCGGCUUCUGAAAACAUUUCUGACCCUGAUUGUUCCACAAUGUGCAGAAUGUUGAUAGCUGCCUUGGCGUCAUCCAAUCACUCACCAGAUGCUCAGAUCACUCUGGUUUCAGAAGUAAAAGUGGCCUUGACCAGGGCACUAUAUCUCCCAGAAUCUUCUGAAAAGCAUAACCAAGUACAGAAUAUAUGUGGAAUAAUAUCUACCAUGAUAGAUAAUUGUCCUUUGCCACACGCUAAUCGAUGGACAAGCUGUAGUAUCAAUAAUAUAGUGAAACUUAUGAUUAGAAGAGGCGUUUUCAAUGAUUUGGCGAAAAUCACUCAUUACUUAGAUUUAUCGUCACCUAAUACUUCAUUCACGGCUAAUGCAGCAUUGAAGCCAUUAGAUUCACUAUCUAGGACAAUAAACCAACCUGCCCCAGGCGGUAGUAGUAGCAAAUCAAGAAAAAAUCAACAAACCGCUGAUGAGAAUCAAGGUGCACAAAGUGGUGUCAACACGGAGGGCACGAUUGCUCAUGGAGAAGAGAUUGAAGAUGCGGAAAACACGGAACAUGACAUUUCCGCUGUAGCUUCGAGCCUAGAAAGUAAUCCAGUGGCUCCUGUUGAACUGGAUAAUGCUCUUGAAGAGAUGAUGGAACACAUUUUGGAUCAUAGGAACACUGAUAAUAGUCAGGGAUACAAUGAUGUUCCUUCUUCACGAAAUAACACCAUGGAUAUCGAUGAAGAAUCCACCAUUGGCUAUGAACAUGAACGAGAUGCAACAGAAGAAUUAAUGAGCACCGACUCAGGUGAAUCGGAUUCUAAUCCUUCAGACCAAGUUGACGAUGAUGGGAAUGAAGAGAAUGAAGUCGAUGAUGACAAUAUAGAUGAUACAGAAGAAAAUGAAGACAAUAACUAUGAAGAUGAUGACAAUAAUGACAGGGAAAGACGUAGAGGUUCAGAAUUACUUGAUGGAAACUCAGGAAUGUUCAGAAUUGCAACGAAUGACAGGGAUGAAGAUAUUCUCAUGAUACAGUAUAAUGCUGAUAAUGAUAAUGCUCUUCCCAGAAUGAUAAGAUGGAAUGAAAAUGGCUUUGCAGUUCCAAUAUUAGAUGAAAACAACACUAAUGAUCACACAGCCAUUACGCACCCUCUUUUGAUGUCUCGUAAUACAAGUGAGAGUAGCCAAAGUACAGUUACUCGCAACCAGAGAACCAAUCGUCCGAGGCGGUACCAAUACCUUUUCAGUCCUAGAAAUCCGAACCCACCGGUCAUUUUACAAAGGCUUCUAGGUCCUCACGAUCCUCACAUGGCCAACAUGAUGUCUGCAAAUAAUUUACUAAGUGGUCCUACAGAAAUACGAGAAUCCGCCAGAGUAGUGGUUAUGGACAACUUUGGAUUGAUACCAUCUAACGAGGAACAAAUCGACUUCGUCGACCAAUCUGGUUACCUGUUUGGUCCAAGCCUAGCCGCUACUUUGAGUCAUAUACCGCCAGUUUUGCACUGGUGGAAUAUCGAAUCCAAAUUGCUGGAUUUGGAAUCUGUCUAUGAUUGCACAAUAUAUGUCUGCAACAAGCUCAUUCCAAAUUUGAUCAAGUACAGAAACGAAGAGCUCAGAAACAAAAAAACCAAAGAUGAUGAGGACCCAACGAAGAAGAGAAAGCAGCAAAAGAGUGAACCCGAUGUCCAUGAUGAUUUCAGUCAGGAGACUGUGCUUUUCAAUUUCGAUGAAUCUAACAAUCCAGCAAUUGAAGCUGCAAAUGAAAACAAAGAAGAAAUUGAAGAAGAUUUAGAUGGAGUUCCUUUAUCCACAACAAAUGUUUCUGUUGAGCAAAACCCCAGAGCCGAUGGUGAAGAGGAUAUAGAUGGAGUACCUCUGGAGACGUCUGACACAUCGAACGAUCGAACCGAAAGCAACACUCAAAACGUAGAUAUCAUCUUAUCACCUCUCCAACUCAGCUUCAUCAGAGGUUCAAAUGAAAACUCCCAGAGUAGCUCAUCAGAGGUGACUCAUAAUGCAGCUGUUCAAACGAUUGAUGGGUCAGAGAAUAUGACCAGGAACACUGAUGAUUCAAACAGUAGAGCUGAAUCAGACGUACGAACUGAAAGCGAUUCGUCUAAUCCCUUCGAAAUGGCCCUUCCAGCUGAUAUCCGAACCAGACCUAAUAUUAUAUUCGCCAGGCCCAUGGGUUCCUCUCCGCUACUCUCAGUUUCUGAUAGAAAUGAAGAAGAAAAUGAGAUUAAUGAGUCACAAAGGAGCUUGAGUUUCUCUCAAAAUAUUCCAUUGCGGGCGAUAUUCGAAGAAGCGAUCAGCCAUCAUAUUGACUCUUUGGCAGAACAGGCAAUCAGUCAACACAUGGAUUCGAUGAGUAAUAUUGGAAGGGAAGCUUACAAUAUCGCUAGUGGUGGUGUCUCUAGUCAAAAUAAUCUUGCAGCGAAUCCCGAAGGCGAUGAUACUGAUGCUCCGCCUGCCUCAGGCGAUGCCGGACCGAGCACCUCGACUGAAGAAACCGUCCCCGAGGGCGUCGACCCCUCGUUCCUCGAGGCGCUGCCGCCCGAGAUGCGCCGCGAGGUGAUCGAGCAGCACCGCAUCCUCUGCCUGCAGCAGCGGCUCGCCGCCUCCGCAGCCAACGUCGCGGCCGCCCCGCCCGUGCAGGAGCCCGCGGCCGCCCCGAGCGAGGUGAGCCCCGAGUUCCUGGCCGCCCUGCCGCCCUCCCUGCAGGAGGAGGUGCUGACGCAGCAGCGGCUCGAGCAGCAGCGACAGGCGGCAGCGCGGGCCAAUCCGAACGAGCCGGUGGACGCGGGGGCGUUCUUCGAAACGUUGCAGCCGUCGCUGAGGACGAUGAUACUCUCUGAUAUGGAGGACUCCCAAAUGUCUGCCCUUCCGCCAGACUUGGCCGCAGAAGCACAAACGCUCCGCAGAGAUUGGUAUGCCAGGAAUCGUCAAAUGGCACAAGAAAGAUUUCUACAAACCAACUUGACGACGAUUUACAGGCAAUCAAGAGGGCGUCCCCCACUCAGACCUAGCAAUUUCCAAAGAGGCGGUUGGAGCCAGUGGAGCAGAGACAUCAUGAACAAUCCGGUGCCAUCAAAUUCGCCAUUGAAGAUAAAGGGACGACAGCUAUUGGAUCAUGAGGGACUCGCAUGUCUGCUCAUUUUGUUGUUCACAGACGACUCCCAUUUGAACAAAUUGAGAUUGCACAGAGUGAUAAGGAAUUUAUGCUAUCAUGCUCCUACAAGAGAAUGGAUCAUCAAUGCUUUACUGUCCGUUAUCGAGAAAAGUGUUAACAUCCAGCCAGAUGAUAAUCUCAAUAAACCCAUGAGGAAAUCCCCAAGGCCAGGCCCUUUGACCAGUAAACUACUAACAGAUGCUAAGCAUCUACAGAAUGGGGGACAUUGGCUUACUAUUCGUAUGGAAGCUGCCUUGGGCUGUGCCGCAAAUGUAUUUAUCGUCAAUAAGACAGUUGGUAAGAAGAGCGAUAAAGCAACUGGGUCUAGCGUAAUAAGCAUACACCCUCAAGCAGCUCCUAUUGUGUGCCGAAACACCUUGGACUUGUUCAUUUCCUUAGCGAAAGCUUUCCCAUCGUGCUUGCUUCCAAUAAAAUGUAUCAGAGAUGAAACUGAAAAGAAUACCAUUACCCCAGUGAAAGUAAAAGCAGAACUUGCCGCUGAUUUUUGGGAUGUGCUUUUACGCUUAGACUCCGCUACCAAAAAGGGCAAAAGUAUCCAGAGAAAUAGUAGUUCUAAUACGAUGAGCGAAACUGACACCGUGAUUACCUUCGAACAGUCAGUUUUUGGGAAGUUACUGAACAUGCUUGCUACUCCAGUAGUAAACAGAAAUACCCAACUGACAGAUAAUUUGUUGAAGCUGUUAUCAGUCACUACAUCUGGUAUGCCUGAGCUGGUGAAGCCCCAUAAAGCAAGCAAAAAUAAACAGGGCCCCGAUCUCACUAACGCUCCAACACAUGCAUUGAGUUUAGCUGUUAAUGUGAUUACUUAUAAAAAUUGUUCUGAAGAAGGUUUAGAGUUCAUAACAAAUCUGUUACUGAAUUUGGCUAACUCAUCUCUGGACAUGAGUUUCAUUAUAUUGACUCUGCUACUGAAUGGUGCUAUUGAGAUUGGCAAAAUUGUGGAAUGCCAAAUAAAAAAUAUGCUGGGAGACUUGAAGGACCUCAUCAACAAUACACAGAAAAGGAAACUAGAGGAUGGACCAUCUACCUCCAAAGGUGUUAUCCACAACAGAUUCACAAAUGAACAAGUAGUCGUUACAGCAAACACCAAAGUGAAAACAUCAUGUGAACUUCAAUUACCCUCAAUGGUGCCUCUUACCUCAAAGUCCUCAAGUCAGGUGUUCUUUCUUAGAGUACUUCGUGUAAUUGUUCAAAUCAGAAAUUCCAUCAAACAGAGCAUGAAAAGAGCUGAUUAUGGUUCAUAUGAACUACAAGCAUUGAGUGAGCAGUUGUCUAGCCUCAGUAGCUUUUGGGAAACAUUGAGUCAGUGUCUGUCGGAAUUAGAACACGCUCCAGAUCAUCAUGCUGUUCUAGUCCUUCAGCCUGCUGUGGAAGCUUUCUUCCUGGUGCACUCUCCUCAACAAGGCCCAGCAAAAUCGAAAGAAAAAGAAACCAAAGAUAACGAACCGGAAGACAACAUGCAAGAAAACGCAGAAUCCGAACAACCCACUACCAAACAGUCAUCCCCAGAAGAUGCAGAACAACCCAAAGAAACCCCUGCCAAUCCAGAGCAGCCUCCACCAGAAACGGCUCCCAGUACAGCGGAAACCAGAAAAGAAAAGCAACCCGAGCCGAAUGCCAAACAGAUCGUAUCUCCCGAGCAGCAGCAGUUCCUCGCUUUCGCAGAAAAGCACCGCACUGUUCUGAACCAGAUUCUGAGACAGAGCACUGCUCAUCUGGCAGACGGGCCGUUCGCUGUUUUGGUUGACCACACGAGAAUCUUGGACUUCGAUAUCAAACGGCGGUACUUCAGGACGGAACUCGAACGUCUGGAUCAUGGAAUCAGGAGGGAGGAAACAGCUGUCCAUGUCAGGAGGAGUAACAUAUUCGAGGACUCGUUCAGGGAGCUGUUUAGGAGACCUCCUGAGGAGUGGAAGAACAGGUUUUACAUUGUUUUCGAAGAUGAAGAAGGUCAAGAUGCUGGUGGUCUAUUGAGAGAAUGGUAUGUUAUUAUCUCAAGAGACAUCUUCAAUCCAAUGUAUGCACUUUUCACGGUCUCUCCAGGCGAUAGAGUGACCUAUAUGAUUAAUUCUGCUAGUCACUACAAUUCUAAUCAUCUGUGCUACUACAAAUUUGUAGGACGGGUAAUAGCGAAAGCAAUAUAUGACAACAAACUAUUAGAGUGUUACUUCACACGUUCAUUCUAUAAACACAUUUUGGGCAUAUCUGUGAAAUAUACAGACAUGGAAAGUGAAGAUUACAGUUUCUACAGAGGAUUGGUUUAUUUGAUGGAGAAUAACAUUAAUAAUUUGGGAUUGGAUUUGACAUUCAGUACUGAAAUUAGCGAGUUUGGAGUGACCGAAACGAGGGAUCUGAUACCAAAUGGAAGACAUAUCUCUGUAACAGAAGAGAAUAAGAUGGAGUAUGUUAGGCUGGUAUGCCAAAUGAAAAUGACAGGAGCUAUCAAGCAACAGUUGAAUUCAUUUCUUGAAGGAUUCUAUGAUAUUAUUCCAAUGCGCCUAAUAUCUAUAUUCAAUGAACAAGAAUUAGAACUUCUGAUUUCUGGAUUACCAAAUGUGGAUAUAGAUGAUUUGAAAGCUAAUACCGAAUACCACAAGUAUCAGACAAACUCAUUACAGAUUCAGUGGUUCUGGAGAGCUUUGAGGUCGUUCGAUCAAGCUGAUCGCGCCAAGUUUUUGCAGUUUGUAACUGGAACAUCGAAAGUUCCCUUACAAGGUUUUGGUGCUCUGGAAGGAAUGAAUGGCGUCCAAAAGUUCCAGAUACACCGAGAUGACCGGUCUACUGAUCGCCUGCCUUCUGCCCACACGUGUUUCAAUCAGCUGGAUCUUCCUGUAUAUGAAACUUACGAUAAGUUACGAGCCUAUUUAUUGAAGGCGAUCCAUGAGUGUUCUGAGGGCUUCGGCUUUGCUUAAAGUAAUCCUUUAAUGUUUAAGACUGAUGUGUUGAUUUCUUGUUUAUAUCAAAAUAAAAUAGGGUUCUUGUAAAUAAACAUGAAGUAAAUGUUAAGUGUACAGAUUAAAGAGUGUAAAGAAUUAAAUAAUUUCUAUUGUAAUGAAGUAUGAGCUGCAAAUCUUGAAUUAUAAUAAAUUAUAAUAGUGGGUUGAAUAUGCUUGAGUUGAAACAGGUUUUUUGUAAAUUAACUUAUAGGAAGGCACAUGUAUUUUUGUAAAGGGCCUUAAGGCAAUGCGAGUGUGAUACAUUGAAUUUGAUAGUCAGAUUCAAAAUAUAUUUACUAUUUAAUUUAAUUAUUAUAGCUAUUAAUUGUUACUGUAAUAUGUAUCGAGAUGAUUAAUUAAACUAAGACCUUUCUUUUGUAUAUGAAAUCUGUUACACCCUACAUAUUUUUUAUUUGCAUUUUACAGGCAAUAUGGAAGGAAAUUUAUCAUAGUGAAAUUUUAUCAGAAAAACUUGUGAUUAUUUGAAUAAAUGUUUUUCUC